CAUGACUGCAAGCAACCUGAUGCGGGUGAAAUCUGCUACAACGUCUCUGCCGAAGACAUCCUUGCUCGAAAUAAGACAGGUGCUUAUAGCGACGCUGAUGUGAGGAUGCGUAUUACAAUGACCAAGCAGCGCUCGCCUACAUGGGUUGCAGACGAUGAGCGAUUUUCUGAUAACUCAAAAAAACUAGUAAGACUUCCGAGUUCUUCGCUAACUAGGGCGAUUGCAGAGGCGGCCAGACAAUUAUCUGAUUCAAAAGUUGUUCUUCAAAUCAGCUAG